GAUUGGCUAUUGAAGACGUCCGUUAGGACGUGUGGUCUUUUCUGUGUGCUCGGUGAGCGUGGGCGUCCCUGAGGGAGAGUGUGGCAGGGGUUUCUAAACCCGGCACCAGCACCCCUGCCCCUUCCAUCAGGGGUUAGGCUUAAGGUCGCCCCUGGUGGGCGGCUCUCGAGUCUGAAUAAGAGCACGAGAACCCAGACCGCACCGGAGCUGCGGAGGUCCCCGUGGGCAGGCAGAAAGAUGGCGGCAGCGUCGGUCUCUGCGGCUUCUGGUUCUCAGUUCUCGAACGCCUUAGGUGAACCAUCAAGGUCUAAUGGAAGUAUAGUUCGCCAUUCUUCGUCUCCGUAUGUAGUAUAUCCAUCCGAUAAGCCUUUCCUGAAUAGUGAUCUACGACGCUCCCCAAAUAAGCCUACGCUUGCCUAUCCUGAAAGCAACAGCAGAGCCAUAUUUUCUGCUCUGAAGAAUCUUCAAGAUAAGAUUCGACGCUUGGAACUUGAAAGGAUUCAGGCAGAAGAAAGUGUGAAAACCUUGUCUAAAGAAACAAUUGAAUAUAAGAAAGUACUAGAUGAACAGAUACAAGAAAGGGAAAAUUCAAAGAAUGAAGAAUCAAAGCACAAUCAAGAACUGACAUCUCAGUUGUUAGCUGCAGAAAAUAAGUGUAAUCUUUUAGAAAAACAGUUGGAGUACAUGCGAAAUAUGAUAAAGCAUGCAGAAACAGAGAGGACAUCUGUCUUGGAGAAACAGGUUUCUUUAGAAAGAGAACGACAACAUGAUCAAACACACGUUCAGAGCCAGCUUGAAAAACUGGAUCUUCUUGAACAGGAGUAUAAUAAACUUACCACAAUGCAAGCUCUUGCAGAAAAAAAAAUGCAAGAAUUGGAAGCAAAACUCCAUGAAGAAGAACAGGAAAGGAAACGUAUGCAAGCUAAGGCAGCUGAGUUGCAGACUGGCCUAGAAACAAAUAGACUUAUCUUUGACAAUAAGGCAACUCCAUAUGUUCCCAGUGCAAGAAGAAUUAAAAAAAAGAAAUCAAAAUCACCAGAAAAGAAGAGUUCUAGGAACUAUUUGGGUGCACAGCCACAUUAUAGACUAUGCUUGGGUGAUAUGCCGUUUGUAGCUGGAAAGUCUACCAGUCCUAGCCAUGCCGUGGUGGCCAAUGUCCAGCAUGUCUUGCAUCUAAUGAAGCAACACAGUAAAGCUUUGUGCAACGAUCGAGUAGUCAACAGUGUUCCUUUGGCAAAGCAAGUAUCUUCACGAGGUGGUAAAAGUAAGAAGUUGUCGGUAACAUCACCCUCCUCCAAUAGCAUUAAUGAAGAGUUGUCAGACGUCUUACAGACUUUACAGGAUGAAUUUGGGCAAAUGAGCUUUGAUCACCAGCAGCUUGCAAAACUUAUCCAGGAGUCACCAACUAUUGAACUGAAAGAAAACUUAGAGUGUGAACUGGAGGCAUUAGUGGGAAGGAUGGAGGCAAAAGCCAAUCAAAUAACUAAAGUUCGAAAAUACCAAGCCCAGCUGGAGAAACAGAAGAUAGAGAAGCAGAAGAAGGAAUUAAAAGCUACCAAAAAGACUCUUGAUGAAGAAGGAAACAGCAGCAGCCGUUCUUCUGGAAUCACAGGGACCACAAAUAAGAAGGAUUGUACCAAACUGAGACCUGGAGAAAAAAGCAGGAAAAAUCUUCAGUUACUGAAGGACAUGCAGACCAUACAGAAUUCAUUACAAAGCAAUAGUUUGUGUUGGGAUUACUGAGUUGGACCAGGUCAUAAAUUUUAUUCAGAUAAUCUGUACCUCAUCAAUCAGAUGUUGACACUUUACUCAUACUCACUUAUGUUGGAAUUAAUUAGUAGCAGGUAUUAAGGAACCCAAGCUUCAUUACACUGGCUUUUUGUGUAGGCAACAUGACUAAAUGUUAAACCAUUUACAUGGAAACCAGGGGAGUUUUAAAGCCUGAGGAGCCACACAUAAUCUGUUUCUUUGAGAUUAAUUUGCUGUACUGAUCUAUUGCACUUUGUAAAGAAAUUACCAAUUUUUUA